AUGUAUGUUGAUGUUCACAUUGACGUGGAGGAUAAUGUUGACAUUGACAUUCAUCUUUAUGUUUACGUUAAUGUUCAAGCUAACGUUGAUGUUCUUGCUCAUGUUGAUGUUCACGUGAACAUUAACGUUCUUGUUCAUGUAGAUGGUCAAGUUUACAUUAACUUUGAAGUUCACAUUCAUGUCGACGUUCAGGUUCACAUUGACGUUGACAUUGAAGUUCACUAUCAUAUUGAUGUUAGCGUUGACAUUGACGUUCAUGUAGACGUUUACGUACACAUUCAUCUUGACAAUCACGUUCAUGUUAAUGUUUACGUAGACGUUCAUGUUGACAUGCACGUUAACUUUGACUUGCACAUUUACAUUGAUAUUGAUAUUAAAGUAGACAUUGACGUUUAG